AUGGCCGUCGACGCGGCUGAGCGCAAGCUGGCAGCCUGUUGCAUAUCGCACGAGUUUUACAAAGCCGCCUUGAAACAUCCCCAUAAAAUCGCCGUCAUACACGCCUCCGGAUUUGCUCGGACCACCGUGGAUUCGUUGGACGGCGAUCGACGGUCACGUGACGGCUGUAGCAAAUUGACGGCGUCUUCGUCCCGGCCACCAGUCUACGAAGGAGACGAGUGCUUCACUUUCUAUGCUAUUAACUCCGCCGUCGAGAAGCUCAGUUGUCGACUAUGGCGCAUUCUUCACGGCGCCGAUGAUCCAUAUAUGUUUAAAACCGAGCUAGUUAACGAUUUUCGGGAUAACUCGGAACAUGUCGCUAAAUCGUUGCAAUAUUCAAGUCCAAGCGUACAGCAUUCCUCCAAGUUCAGAAAAUCUCGCAUCCCGAAGGUGGUAGGGAUAUAUAUGGAGCCAUCUAUCGAUUACAUUGUGGCCGUCCUUUCUGUUUUGAGAUGUGGGGAAUCAUUCAUGCCUUUGGAUCCCUCGUGGCCAAAAUCAAGGAUACUAUCAGUUAUAUCAUCUACAAAAGCUGAUCUAGUCGUUGGGAUUGAACUGUCAUCUGAGGGGAACUGUUGUCACAAGAUUGAUAAUCUGAAAUGGCUUAUUGAUGAUGGAAGUUGUCCUGUUUUACGUUUUUCUAUGAAUGAAACUAUCAAAGAACAAUCUGAGUCAUUACUAUUACGGUGGCCUUGUGAAAGUGAAAGCUUGAGAUCGUUUUGUUACUUGAUGUGCACUUCAGGAUCUAGCGGAAAGCCUAAAGGUGUAUGUGGCACUGAAACAGGUCUUCUAAAUCGUUUUUCAUGGAUGCAAGAAAUGUAUCCUCUACAUGAAGGGGAUGUAGUGCUUUUCAAAACAGCUGUAGGCUUUAUCGAUCAUAUGCAAGAGUUUCUUGGAGCUCUACUCUCGACUUGUACGUUGGUGAUACCUCCUUUCAAUCAGCUAAAAGAAAAUGUGUAUAGUGUCGUAGAUUUUUUACAGGGAUACUUUAUUAACAGGCUUGUAGCUGUUCCAUCUUUGAUGAGGGCAGUUCUUCCAGCUUUGCAGAGUCCACAUUCCUUAACAAUUCAAGGUUCUUUGAAAUUAUUAAUCCUAAGUGGGGAAGUCUUGCACCUUCCCUUAUGCAAGAUGCUUUUAGAGUUACUUCCUCGGACUUCAAUAUUGAAUUUGUAUGGCAGCACAGAGGUGACGGGCGACUGCACAUACUUUGAUUGCACGAGAUUGCCACAAAUUCUUGAAAAGGAGGUAUUAAGCAGUGUCCCGAUUGGCUCGCCUGUGUCAAACUGUGAUGUGGUGCUGGUUGGAGAAGAAGUAGCAUAUCAAGGGGAGAUUUAUGUUGGUGGCCUGUGUGUUGCUGCAGGUUACUUUGACUAUCCUCAUCUGAUACCGUUAACAGAUGGGGAUGUGUCCCCAGAACAUGACACCGAUAGUCCCAAUAGCGGGUGCAGAUUUCAACAUUACUUUAGAACGGGUGAUUUUGCAAGAAGGCUCCCGAGUGGCGACUUGGUUUUUCUUGGAAGAAAGGACCGUACGGUGAAAGUUAAUGGGCAGCGCGUUGCUCUUGAGGAGAUUGAGGGUGCAUUUCGUGAGCAUCCGAAUGUGGUUGAUGCUGCAGUUUUAUCCCGUGAGGUUGGUGAUGAAAUCUUAUUUAUUGAAGCUCAUGUGGUGAGGGAGGAAACUUUCAGAGAAGAAGAGCUUCUGAAAUCCUCACUCAGGAAUUGGGUCCUAAGAAAGCUUCCGCAUGUGAUGAUACCAAGUCGCAUUUUUUUCACUAGGUCACUACCUCUUACACCUUCAGGGAAAGUUGAUUAUUUGUCGUUAACCGCUUCGGAUGAAGAGGGGGCAUUUAAUGUUGAGGACAUUCAUCAGGAUCACCUCAUUGAAGUUAUCAAAAAGGUAUUCUCUGAUGCACUGAUGGUUAAGAAAGUUUCUGUUGAUGACGAUUUCUUUGAAAUGGGUGGCAAUUCUCUGUCUGCUGCCUAUGCCUCCUUCAAGUUGGGUAUCCAUAUGAAGUUGCUGUACACUUUUCCGACUCCAUCAAAGCUCCAAAUGGCCCUGUCGUCAUCUGGAUCUUCACUGGGAACUGACUCCUUUUUAGGAGUGAAUCGGACAAAAUCAGAAACGGCUCCAUCAAGUGAAUCAAGUAUGGGUGAUCUCCAUGGAAGCAAGCCACAAGGAGUAUUAUUUGAGGCCAACAGUAAUAGGGACUUUCACAUGGCUAAAAAAUUGAAGUUUGAGCCAAAUAAUUGUACAGGCCAUUCAGAGCCAACUUGUGGUGGUAUUUUAUGGAAUCCUAAUGCGGUGCAUACAGAAUGUUCUUUUAGUCGCUGCAACAAAAGCACACACAUAGGAAAAUGUGAGAAAAGUUAUUCAGGCGUAGUCUGGUCAAACAUUAUACCAAGAGAUGGAAAAGGAUUUAUGCAAGAACUGUGGAAGGUCGACUUGGGAUCUUGUGUUGAUGCGUCACCUCUUGUGGUUUGUAAAGGCAGUGAUAUCUAUCUAUUCAUUGGAUCUCACUCUCAUAAGUUUUUCUGCAUAAAUGGCAGAAGUGGAGUUGUUCAGUGGGAGAGUAAACUAGAAGGACGGGUAGAAUGCUCAGCCACAAUUCUUGAUGAUCUUUCUCAGGUUGUAGUUGGAUGUUACGAGGGAUAUAUUUAUUUCCUUCAGUUUUCAAAUGGCAAUAUCUGCUGGAGGUUUCGAACUGAUGGUGAGGUAAAAUCACAGCCAGUGGUUGACAAAUGCAGACACUUGGUUUGGUGUGGGUCAUAUGAUCACAAUUUAUAUGCCAUUGAUUAUAAGAGUUACUGCUGUAUUUAUAAACUGUUGUGUGGUGGCAGUAUAUUUGGUUCACCUGCUAUCAAUGAGAUGCAAGAAUCGCUGUAUGUGGCAUCCACCAAUGGUCAUGUUACAGCAUUGGAAAUUAAGACUCUUCCUUUUAAGACAUUGUGGAAGCAAGACAUGGGAGCACCUGCUUUUGCGUCACUUUCAAUAAAUUAUUCUGACGGAAACAUCAUUUGUUGCUUGGUGGAUGGGACUGUUAAUGUCCUCAGUUGCCGUGGCUCCAUCAUUUGGAAGGUGAGAACUGGUGGACCAAUUUUUGCUGGACCUUGCACAUCCCGAGCUUUGCCUUCUCAGGUACUCAUCUGCUCCAGAGAUGGGAUCAUCUAUUCUUUUGAAAUGGAAACAGGUAAUCUAAUCUGGAAGCAUACAGUCGGGCAUCCAGUUACAUCAUCUGCUUAUGUAGAUGAAUUCUCCCUUCUCAAGUCCGAUAAUAAUCCCAGUUCCCCUGACAGGUUAAUGGUAUGUGUUUGCGACAGCUCGGGCAGUAUUCACGUGUUAAGAGUUUUCCCUAAUGCUGCUGGAGGUGGGAAUAAUACAGAUGAGGUGGUGCAUGAAUUUGCCCGUUUGGACCUUAAUGGUGACAUCUUCUCCUCACCGGUGAUGAUUGGCGGAAGGAUUUUCGUGGGCUGCAGGGACGAUCACGUGUACAAUAUUCAGCUUGAUGUUGAAUUGGCUUAA